UCCUGCGCACGCGCGACGGUAGCGGAAGUGACGCAGAUUGCUGUGUUUCCGUUGGCUGGUCUGUCUGUUGGAGAGUCAGAAGCGGAUCGGUUCGGUUCAUCGCAAGCAGAAGCAGAACGUCCACGCGUCAGAUGUCGUUCGGUGUCCCGCACAGCGGCGGCCGGCGCAGUAAAUGGGACCAGGCCGGUCCGGUGUCGUCUGGAGAUGCCGAUGGAGGUUCUGCUCCGACCGGAGCUCUGGACGCUGCUGCCGCCGUCGCUGCCAAGAUCAACGCCAUGCUGGUGGCCAAAGGCAAACUCAAGCCGUCUCAGAUCAGCAGCGCUGCUUCCGCUGAUAAAGUGGCAGGUGUUGGUGGUAAUAAGGUGAAAGAUGAUCUGGUGGUGGCCGAGGUGGAGAUUAAUGACGUCCCGCUCACCUGUCGGAAUCUGCUGACCCGCGGACAGACUCAAGACGAGAUCAGCAGAGUGAGCGGCGCUGCCGUGUCCACCAGAGGACGCUUCAUGACCGCGGAGGAGAAGAGCAAAGCACUGCCCAGUGACCGUCCGCUCUAUCUACACGUCCAGGGACAAACCAGAGACUUAGUGGACAAGGCCGUUAACCGGAUUAAGGAGAUCAUUACUAACGGUGUAGUGAAGGCCGCCACUAGCUCGAGCUACAGCGGAGCGACGGUCACCGUUUACCAGCAGCCCGGGUCCGCUCCUCCACCCACAAUCCCCCCUGCUGUUCACAAACCACACUAUCCAGGAGGAAUGCAUUACGUGCAGGACAAGCUGUUUGUGGGUCUGGAUCAGGCCGUGCAGGGCUUCUGUGUGAAGGAGCGUGUGGAGGGGCCCGGAUGCUCGUACCUGCAGCACAUUCAGGCCGAAACCGGGGCCAAAGUCUUCCUGCGGGGCCGGGGGUCCGGCUGCCUGGAGCCCGCGUCUGGGCGAGAAGCCUUCGAGCCCAUGUACAUCUACAUCAGUCACCCAAAACCAGAAGGACUUGCUGCUGCAAAAACGCUGUGUGAAAACCUCCUGCAGACCGUUCAUGCUGAGUAUUCUCGAUUCCUGAAUCAGAUGAGCAGUGUGAUGCCCACACAGGGAUUCAUUCAGCCUCCAGCCGUUAACGGGAUCCCGCCGCAGGCUCCGUAUUACCCUCCCGCGGGCUUCCAGCCGUCCUACCCCGCCCCGGUGCUGCCGCAACCCAUCGCUCCUCAGUAUCCGGUGGCUCCUGCGGCUCCGGCCCCGGGCCCCGUCCCCCCCGCACAGUAUCCCAUCACCCCCGCGCCCGCCAGCGUCCCGACUCAGACGCUUCCUCCGGCUCCGUUCCCUCCCCCGGCUCCGUCCAAUCCGCCGCAGAGACGCCGCUUCACGGAGGAGGUGCCAGACGAGACGGACCACGGCCUGCUGGGAUACCAGCAUGGACCCAUUCAUAUGACUAAUUUAGGUGCAGGCAUGUCUGUGGGCAGCUCUGAGGCAUCAGGACCCCCGUCUGCUGCUUCCUCAGGGCCUGUGAGAGAGAGAGACAGCAGCAGACUCAUGCCGCCUCCGUGUGCUCCGGCGCCAGUCGACGGUCCGAGAGCUCAGAAAGCAGACGAGAAGACGCCGCCGGCGCCGAGCCUUCUGGAGCCGCAGGUGAAGCGCGCGCGGAUGGGGCUGGUGGCGUACACCGGAGACUCCUCCGACGAAGAAGAGGAUCAUGGGGCCUCCAGAGCGUCCGCAGGAGCCACAGGAUGGACGUACCGCUGCCCGUCAUCACUGCCCUCACGGCCCAAAACACAGACGCAGCCCAUGCCCUUCUGGAUGGCACCGUAAACACACACACACACACACACACACACACACACGUUCAUACCUCCGAAAGACUGUCCUGUGGGAUUAUGGGAGGAUGGAACAGCGAUGGGCGCUCAUGUGAUGCGUGCCUCGUCACUCUGCUUUAGUUUCUCUUCAUCGGUUUGAUUUGUAAUGUUACUUCCUCUGUGAUGAAUAAACACAUGCAUUGACUCACA